AUGAACACUUUGUCCUCUGAGCCAUGGGUCAGGUUACAGGUGAAUGGAAAAGUUGCAACUCAGAUCAGUAGACUGGAAACAAUGCAGGAUGUUUUUGGUAUUGCCACUAUGGUUGCUCCAAGGAAUUCAGGGGAGGAGAGCUCCAGACCUGUCUUGCAAGAGAACACUCUGGUGUCAUCUGUCGCAGAGCAAAGAAUGGAGGCUGGUACAAGCAGGCCAGUGGCACGGCGAAUGGAGGAGCUGCAGGUCCUGCCAGCUCAACUGCAGGGGGACGCCACAGGCAUCGGAAGGGGACUUCGCAGCAGCUAUCGCAGUCUGUUGUUCAUCUGGGGAUCGAGCAAGCACAGAGGACUUCACAGCAUAGCCGAAUUACCAAUAUCAUUUGCAUUUGCCAGUACUCACCCUGGAGGAAAAGAAGAGCGAUCCAAAGAGGUGUGGCCAGCUGAAAGACGCUUACCAGGUACGUCAGACGCCGAACAGCUGAUCGAAGAGAAGACCCAGGAGGGGAAUGGUACAUUGAAGGAGGCACGCAGAGGUCUCUGUUUGACCGCCAAAGAGGUUGCUUCCAAUUUUCAGGUACCCCCUGUGGACGGGCCAACUCCGACGCUGAGAAUCUUCUUUUUGGCAUUGACACCGGGAGAGACCGUGCAGCUGGAUUUCACCUGGGAGGUUAGAGCAAAUAACAAGCUGUUUCAUCGUUCAUUUACAAAGAAGAGAUGGUUCUUUUUGAAGAAAAACAAAUAUUCUGAUAACAUCAUUAGAACAAGUAAAUACAAUGCCCUGACAUUUAUUCCUCUCAAUCUGUAUGAGCAGUUCCACAGAGCAGCUAACCUCUACUUCCUGUUUAUAGUAAUUUUACAGACCAUCCCAGCUAUCUCCACAUUGCCAUGGUUUGCUAUCAUGCUGCCCCUGCUUGGUCUGCUGAUGAUACGAGGAGUCAGAGACCUGCUGGAGGAUUUUGCACGACACAGAAGUGACAAGGCCAUAAACAAUAGGCCAUGUGAUAUCCUUAAAGAUAAAAGCUUUUCCAGGGAAAAGUGGAGGGAUAUUGAGGUUGGUGACAUUGUUCGUCUUCAAAAGGAUGAUUUUGUGCCAACUGACCUGCUUUUGCUCUACAGUUCAGAGCCAAACAGUUUGUGCUACGUGGAAACUGCAGAUAUAGAUGGAGAAACAAAUCUGAAGUUUAAACAAGCCUUGAUGGUCACACACACAAGACUCUGCACAACCGAAGCAUUAGCUGAAUUUGAUGGUAUAGUAACGUGUGAAGAGGCGAAUAGCAGGCUGCAUACUUUUAUAGGGACUCUUGAGUGGAACAGCACAAAGUUUUCUUUGGAUAAUGAAAGUAUUUUAUUGCGAGGUUGCAGGAUUCGGAACACUGAAACGUGUUAUGGAUUGGUCAUUUAUGCAGGGUUUGAUUCCAAAAUAAUGAAGAACUCUGGCAAAGUGAUAUUAAAAAAGACAAAACUGGACAGAAUGAUGAACAAUCUAGUGAUAAUUGUCUUUGUGAUUCUUAUUGUCUCUACACUGUGCUUGGCCAUUGCUUCAGGAUUUUGGGCCAGUUGGUUCCAAGAAAAACACAGCUAUAUCCCUCCUCUUACAUCUGAUCUCUCAGCAGCCAGUAGUGCUGUGCUUAUCUUCUGGGGCUAUCUCAUACUGAUGAGCACCAUUGUUCCAAUGUCUCUGUAUAUCACGUUGGAGUUCGUUUAUUUAGUACACAGUAUGUAUAUAGAAUGGGAUGUGGACAUGUAUUUUGCUGAGAAUAACACUCCAGCCAAAGCUCGAGCAUCAAACCUCAAUGAUCUGCUUGGCCAGGUUGAAUAUGUUUUUUCUGACAAGACUGGAACUUUGACUCAGAAUAUCAUGACUUUUAAGAAAUGCUGCAUCAACGGAAAAAUCUAUGAUAAGGUAGAUGACAGCGGUACAUUGCGCAUGCGUUAGCCAGUGAAUUUCAGUUGGAAUCCGUAUGCAAAUAAAAACUUCUGCUACUAUGACCAGUCACUAAUCGAUAUGAUUUGUCAAAAUAAUGAUGAGUUGAUCAAGGAAUUCUUCCGGCUACUUGCAGUCUGUCACACAGUCAUGGUGGAGAAAAACGGAGAAAAGUUAAUUUAUCAAGCAGCAAGUCCAGACGAAGAAGCAUUAGUAGCAGCAGCUCGCAAUUUCGGGUAUGUUUUAAUAUCCCGUUCACAGGAUUCCAUUACUACAAAUGAGCUUGGGGUGGAGAGAACCUAUAAAGUGCUGGCUAUUCUCGACUUCAACAGUGUCCGCAAGAGGAUGUCUGUCUUAGUGAGAGACCAGGAAGGAAAAAUAAAGCUUUAUACUAAGGGAGCGGAUAAUGUUGUUCUUGCUCGACUACAUGCAGAUUGUAGCAGCGAUGAAAUUACUGAGCAAGCAUUGCAGAUGUUUGCACAGGAGACUCUCAGAACAUUGUGUGUAGCAUACAAGGAAGUGGAUCUGUCUGUGUACAUAGAAUGGAGUAAGAAAUAUCAUGAGGCCAGUGUGGCUCUGCAGAACCGCGCAGAGUAUUUAGACAUGGUUUAUGAAGAAAUGGAGACUGAUUUAAAGCUACUCGGUGCAACAGCCAUCGAAGAUAAGUUGCAAAAGGGAGUUCCAGAAACCAUUCAACUAUUGAUGGAUGGGAACAUGAAAGUGUGGGUAUUAACUGGUGAUAAACAAGAAACUGCAAUAAACAUUGGUUUUUCUUGCCGGUUACUCACUGAUGACAUGGAAAUUUUGGAUGAAGAACAAAUCUGUGACAUCCUUGACGCUUACUGGGAGAAUAACAACAAUUGCUCAUGCAGUCAGGAGAAUCUUAUGAAGAGCAGCGUUUUUCGGAAGUAUCGAGCAAGAUUACAAGGGAGAAAAAUUGCUCUUGUGGUCACUGGUGAUUUCCUGAAUCAAAUCUUAGGUACACAAGACAGUAUUCAGAAUCAACGCUCACUUUCCCAGAAAAUAAUCGAAAAAUUCUUCAGGAUGAGGAUAAACCAGGGUAAAAAUGAGGAGUACCUAAAAGAGUGGGCAUUCGUAGAUUUGGCAUCCCGGUGCCAGGCUGUCAUUUGCUGUCGGGUGACUCCAAAACAGAAAUCAAUGAUAGUCCAGCUUGUGAAGAAACACAAACAUGUUACCACUCUGGCAAUUGGAGAUGGAGCCAAUGAUGUCAACAUGAUAAAAAGCGCAGAUAUUGGAGUUGGCAUUGGCGGCAUGGAGGGAACCCAGGCCGUUCAAGCAAGUGAUUAUGCUAUAGCUCAGUUUUGCUUCUUGCAACGACUCCUUUUUAUCCAUGGAAAGUGGUCUUACCUGCGUAUAACCAAAUUUUUGAGUUACUUCUUCUACAAGACUUUUGCCAGUGUCCUGUGCCAAAUCUGGUUUGCUUGUUUUAAUGGUUUUACAGCAUUAAUGGUAUAUGACAGCUGGUAUAUAGCUCUGUAUGCUGUUCUCUUCACUGCAUUCCCUGUCCUAUCAAUGGGAUUAUUAGAACAGGAUGUUAGUGCCAAACAGAGCCUGCGGAUGCCAGAACUUUAUAUCCUGGGGCAAACUGGCUUACUUUUCACCUACAAGACUUUUGUAUGGUCCUUUCUGAAAGGGAUCAUAACAUCACUGUCUGCAUUCUUCAUACCUUUGGGAGUUUUCCUAGACAGUUCCUGUCCAAAUAGUGUCUGUGAUUAUCAAGCAUUUGCUGCUACAAUAGGAACUGCUGCUCUCCUGGCUGUAAACUUGGAGAUUAUAUUCGAGAUAUCAUAUUGGACCGUCCUGUCAGUGCUGGCCAUCCUUGUUAGUCCUGCAGCUUAUUUCCUGAUCACGCUUCUGAGCCAAACUUUUCCACUGUUCAAGGCCAUGCCUACAAUUUUUAUGUUUCCAGGUGUCUGGAUAAAUACCUUUUCCCAAGGGUACAGCUGGCUUAUCGUAUUAUUGACAGUGAUAAUUAGCAUUCUUCCUUCAGUCACCAUCAGAGUUUUCACAAAACUUUAUUGCCCAAGAAGAAUUCAGAAUGGACAUUCUUACAGUGAAUCAAUGAACAUUGAAGUAAAAACAGUGUCAUUGACAACAUCUUUCAAGAGGGGAUCUUUAAAUCGUAGAUCUAGCUACGCGUUUUCACACAAAGAAGGCUAUGGAGAAAUUAUCACAAAAGGAACAAGCCUGCGGAGGGCUAGAGCAAAGACUUCUGGUUUACCUGACUUAACAGAGAAUGGGCAUCAAAAUGAUUUGUAAACUAAAAUCAGUCCUCUGUAAUAAUACAAAAUAAAUGCACACAUUAUUAAAUCUGUUUAAACACUUCUUAAUAUGAGAGUAUGAAAGUAGUUUCUGUGUGUUGUUUUUACAUUAUAAUAAUUCAAUAAUUUUAAGUAGGAAUAAUAUCCAGUUAUUUUUUUGUCCACAUUUUUCUGUACUUUAAUUGGACAUUUCUUGUUGUCUUUUGUCAUUAAUAAUUUGUUUAGAAUCAGUUUAGACUUCUUAUACAAUGCAUCCACAGACAGUCUUUCACAUACACAGAGGCCUAUCUAUCAAGCUCCGAACGGAGCUUGACGGUCCGUUAUGGAACAGCGGUCACAAUCACCACAAUUCAACUCGAUCGAGUACGAUCAGGUUGAUUGACACCCCCUGCUGGCGGCCGAUUGACAACGAGUCUGCAGGGGGCAGCGUUGCACCAGCAGCUCACAAGAGCUGCUGAUGCAAUGCUAAAUACGCAGAGUGCUUUGUUCUCCGCAUUCAGUGAUGUCUUGCGGACCUGAUCUGCACUGUCGGAUCAGGUCCGCAAGACAUUUGUUAAAUAAGCCUCAAUGUCUCUGUUGUAGUCACACAGUAGCCAAUAAUACAACAUGAUUUCCAUUCACCCCUACAUUCAGUCAUAGAUUAGUCACACAGUUAACAUAUUAAUGUAUAAUGUAUAAAUACAAAAAUGUCAUAAAAAAGUCACUUCAACAAGCAUACAUUCAGUAUUAGUGAUUCUGCAAGGGAAGCUUCUUAAAUUUGAUUUGCUCACCUCCCUCUCACUUGUAAGAUCUCCUUAAUACAUUUUCAGUGUACAAUUUAUAAAGUAGAAAGCAUCUAAAUAUUUUUUUUCUAAUGCAUUCCAUUUCACUUAAAGGGACAGUAAAAUCAAAAUUAGACAUUCAUGAUUCAGAUAGAGCAUGUAAUUUUAAACAGCUUUCCAUUUUACAUCUAUUUAAUUUGCUUUGUUCUCUUGGUUUCCUGUAUUGAAAAGCAAAUCAAGGUAGGGUCAGCAAUGCACUGCUGCUGAUUAGUGGUUGCACAUAUGUCUUUUGUCAGUUUCUCACCUGAUGUGUUCAGAAAGCUCCUAGUAGGGCAUUGCUUUUCCUUCAUUAAAGGAUACAAAGAGAAUGAAGUAAAUUUGAUAAUAGAAGUGAAGUAAGGAUGUGAAAGUUGUUUAAAAUGUUUAUGCCUUGUGAAAUCACACACUGAUCAUAAAAAGACAUAGCUUUGGCCAGAGAAAACUGCUGUGCUACACUUUGAAGAGACUCUUACCCUUCAUAUGUAUGGCAGUGCCAUUUGGUUUUUAUGUCCCUUUAAAUCUUUCUGAAGACUUUUGUACAAUCCUCAUCUACACUUUAAGUAUAGAAAGAGAUGUGCAGUAUCGUCAAGUGCUUAAACGAUUUCAGUCUUAAACUUGGUAAGUUUGCAUAUGGCCAUUUCAAAUGGAACCUCCCUUGGUACAGUAAACUUUCUUGUGGUCUUUUCCUAUUUUAUUCUAUGGGGUCAAUUUAUCAAGCUCCAUACGGACCUUGAUGCCGCGUGUUUCCGGCAAGCCUUCAGGCUCGCCAGAAACAGAAGUUAUGAAGCAGUGGUCUAAAGACUGCUGCUCCAUAACCUGUCCACCUGCUCUGAGGCGGUGGACAGAAAUCGACCCGAUUGAAUACGAUCAGGUUGAUUGACACCCCCUCCUAGCAGCCCAUUGGCCGCGUGAUGCCCCUGAAGGCUCGCCAGAAACACAAAUUAUGAAGCAGCGGUCUAAAGGCCGCUGCUCCAUAACCUGUCCACCUGCUCUGAGGCGGCGGACAGACAUCGCUGGAAAUCAACCUGAUCCAAUAUGAUUUGACAUCCCCUGCUAGCGGCCGAAUGGCCGUGAAUCUGCAGGGGAGGUAUUGCGGUAUUGCACCAGCAGUUCACCAGAUCUGCUGGUGCAAUGAUAAAUGCUGAGAAUAUAUGCUGUCAGCAUUUAUCGAUGUGCAGCAGACAUGAUCCGCAAUAUCGGAUCAUGUCCGCUCGCACGUUCUUAAAUAGGCCCCUUUGACUCUUUUCGCUAAAUAUUUCUUUAUACAGAGUUUUUCCUACUUUUCUACAAGACUAUGCACCACUUACCUAUAACAUUUAUAGCUGAAUUUUCUCCUAAUGGUAUGAAAGAAAUCAUAUUUGUUGAGCUUCCUUAUUGGUCAAGCAGAUCUAUGGAGUUUUAUACACUUUAUUUCCUUGAAAGUUUUUGUAUUUUGUAAUUUGCGCUUUCUUUUUUUUGGAAUAUUGAAAUAUGUGCUGUUUUUGGAUAUUCCAUUUAUCCUUGGGACUUGAAUUUAGUUUUUUAGGUUUUAUUGUAUAAUUCUUUUUAAACAAAUGUGUAUUGUUGACUUUUUUUUUAUUAUUGUCUUGAGGGAUGGGCACACAUUUAGAUGUAUAUCAGAGUCAGAUGCUCUUCAUUCCUAAACUUCUUGUAUGAUUCAUCAAAAUAAAGCUUUCUUUUUGA